UCGAGGCUGCUAAAACGGAAUGAAAUUAUGAAAUGAAACUUGCCUUUCAUGUAGGAAGGCAUUCUUAGACGAGUUGCAAAUUAGUGUGUAUUCAACCAAAUAAAAUCAUGAAUCAAGGGAAAGGCCAAGAUUUUACGACUCUAGAACAACGGGAAAAGAUUAUACAAGAGAUGGAUACUUUGAUGAGUCAGUAUGGUAAGGCUAAAAACAAUCAAUCAAGUGUAGAGAUAGAAGCGCAUAUUCAUCAGAAAGCACGGAGCAAAGAAGAGUACAUGAAGUUGAUUUCAAGGUUCUUGAUUCAUUUGAAAGAGGUAACAGGAGCUCCAAACACACUUGGAAAUAUUGUACAAUCCCAACCAGGCACAAUACCACAAGUUGUAGCUCCUGGAUUAACUCAACAAGUAACAGGACGUGAUGAUCAUAGCCAAUUAAGACUUGGUCAACAAAUCCAAAUCCAGGGACAACCACGUGCACAGAUGCUUCAAGUCUCAAAUCCAGCACAAAUUCAGCAACAGCAGUUGAUACAACAGACAACACCUCAGAUUGUUUCACUGUCAAAUGCUGCUCAGCUAAGUGGCAUACAAAACCUUAUCAGCACCUCACAUCUUGGCACCCAACAAGCAGCAGGUAAUGUAUCAUUUGUCACAGGGGCUCAGGGAAUCCAAGUAAGUCAGCAAGGCUUAUCUUCACAGUUAGGUGGAAAUAUCAGCAUAAAUCAAGCCUCAUAUCAAAAUCAAUUGAAGCAACUGCAAACAAGGAAAGCACAACAAAUGUCCCCAGCACAGCAGCAAAACCGACAACAGCCCCCAAAGGCUCAACAUCUUGUCAGGUCCAAUCAAAGUCCAGCAGUAAACCAGCAGCCACCAUCUAAUUCAUCACAAGGGCAGUAUUCAAUUCCUUCACAAAAGAGCCAUCCAUCUCCUUCUCCAUCUCAAGUACACCAAGUUUAUCAAUCAAGACCAGACCCUUCUCCAGUUUCAAGUAUUGGUGCAGUUGCCCAGUCUCCAUUAUCAACUCAGCCAUCACCAUCACCAUCAGCAGCAGCCACACCAGGAAAUCCACCUUCAUGGGGUGGGCCAGCUCAGAGUCCUCUUGAUGCCUCUGAGGAAUCUGCAUAUGCAGAAAAACUUAAGGAAAUUGCUAAAUAUAUAGAGCCAUUGAGAAGCUUGAUAAACAACAUGCCAAAAGAUGGUGAGCAUGCCCCAAAGAUAAAAAAGCUUAAGCAAAUAGAGCUGAUUUUUACAAACAAGAAGCGUGUGUCUUUAGCUUUUCUCACAAAGUGUGAACAAAUUGUCAAUGCAUUGUUGUCAAGUGAUACAGCUGGAAAUCAAAAGCCAACUAUGCUUCAAACAGUUACUGACCAUUUGGUUCCACUAGCAGGUAAUCCAUCAUUGAUUUCAGCAGCACAUCAAUGCAUUCAACCUGUAUUAAACACUUUGAAUAUGCCUACUGUUCGGCCACCUAAAGCUCCAAGAAAGCGAAGACGUUCCAGCUCUGAUGAUGAGGACUGUUCUCUUCUUCCAGAUGCACUACAGAUGGAAAUUGCACACCUCUGGGGUAGAUUCUCUUUUGACUUGGAUAUGACUUCAAAAUUAGACAAAUCUUUCUUCACCAUAUCUUGCAAACCUAAAGCACCAAAAAUGUCAGGUUUGCCACCACUUUUGAUUAAGGUACCAGCAUGUUAUCCAAAACGAACCCCAGACUAUACCUUAUCAUACCCAGACAACGAUGAAAACAUGCUGCUGAACUGUGUCAAGAAAAACUUUCUCUCAAGAUUGUUAGAAUCAAGCAAAGGACAGUUCCAUUCUGUGACAUAUAUUCUUGAAUCUUGGGAGCAGAGCCUCAAAGAAACAUUGUACAAUUAAGUAAUGUUGCAAUUAGUUUUAUCAAAAAAAAUUUAAUAGUGUUAUGUUCUUUAAACAAUUUUACACCUGAGGGCCAAACUGUUGACAAAGCCUCAGAAAACAUGCUUGCUACUUUUUCCUCUGUAUGGUCAAUGGUAAGAUCCUUCUGAAAUAGAUGGCUUUCAAAAUCAUCCUCUGCUAAUCAUUGAUGCAAGUAACAGGGAAGGGGAAUGGCCUCUCCAUCACUGUAGAGCUAGUGAAAUAUUUUGUUGUAAGCAAUUUAGGUUUUUUCUCCCUUGUUGUUAAGAAAAGGGGCUUGACCCAUCAAUUAGAAGCCCUAUAAACAAGAUCAUUAUUUCAGGUACAGCUUAUAAUUUGAGAAAAGCCUUUACCUGCAAUUUUCUGAAACAAUAAAUAAAUCUAUAUUCCUGUACCAUAGGUAGCUUAAAACUGCUAGAUCUUCAAGUUUUAAUUGCCUAAGAUAAAUGUCAUGUAUUUUUGAAGGUAAUUACUUUGUUUAUUAAGUCACAAAUUUCAUAAUAGUCUUGUUGGUGCAUGUUACAAUAUAGUUGAAUUUGUACAUAUUCACUGCAAACAUAAUAUGGAUUGUUUGUUUAAGAACAGACAUAACUGUUGAUGUUGCAAGGAACAUGAAAAUUCCUUAAUAUGUAAUUUUCUACUCUCUCUAUAUGAUGCCCUCUCCUAUAAAUGCCCCAUAUCAAUCUAAAAAUUUCGUAAAUACCUAAGGGUGUUUAUCAGAGAAAGUUUAGUGGACAGAUUCAAAAUGCAUGUCCAUUUGUGGAUCUUUUGAACAAAGAAUCGAAUUAACAUUAAAGCAAGUUUUGGAAUUUUUUGCCAAAGAGGGCUAUAGAUGAUCUACACUUAUAGAUAAAGUAUUAACCCUGGUUCCGUUUUCAGGUCCCCUGAUAGGGGGGCGUGAGUGGGAAAAAAAUUCGUUUUGGAAACAUGAGAACAAGUUUUUUGCCUUCUGGGGCUGCUUAGUUAGCAAUUUUUUCAAACUUUUGUGCAAGGAAAAGAUGACUCCAGUGGUGACGCCAAGUGGGGUAUGGGGGGUAAUUACUUUUGUUAAAACAUGGUCUAUGCAUUUCUUCUAAAAAGGAUUAAAAAGCGCUAGGUAGGAGUAAAUCAUAUUUACUAAAGAAAUUAACCUGGUAUAAAGCAGUGAAACGAGGCAAAAGGGACGUGGUUUAACUGGCCACGCCCAUUACCCUCCCACUCUACAGUAGCUGGCGCCGCCACUGGAUGGCUCAAUUUGUUGGCAGAUGAAACCUGGAAUCCACCCUUGAGCAAAGUAACUAACAACAUCCAUGUCAGUACUUCCACAGUGUUCUGCCCAAAAAAGCAUGAAAAUCUGGAAGUGAAUAGCAUAAAGAUAGACUUUGUGUACCUCUAUUACGGCCUCGUGAC